UUAGGCAUUAGUGGAGAAGCGUGUAGCAGGGCCCGACCAAUGGACUGCAAGUUUUCCAUCUGUGUGGUGCUGGCCCUGUGGGCGGCGCUAGCGAGCAGCACCAUGCUGACGCUGCACAAGGACUCGGACAAGAAGGACGACCACCCUUUCUGCCCGUACAUCCGCGCGCUCAAGCAGAACCUGGACAACUUCGGGUCGUGCGACUGCCACGACGAGCCCUGCCCCGACAAGCUGGGGCCGUGCAAGAAGGCCCACGAGGUGCACCACCACCACCACCACGUGUACUGCCAGGACUGCCACACGCCCCACUGCCACGUCUGCGGCCACGUCCCGGAGGGACCCUGCCCCCGCUGCGGAGCGCACUGCCCUCACGCGCACUGCCCUCACUGCUGCCCCGUCUGCCACAGCACCGUCAACGAGCAAACCUACUACCUGCCCACGCCGCUGCCCAUCCUCCCGGGUAUCCACCCCUACCACUUCCACAACCACCUAGGCUGCCCGGCUCAGCACACACUUCUGUACAACACGCAAACGGCACAGACCGUACAGCACGGGAUCGUUUAGGAAGAGCACACAAAAUUGUAAACAACUUCUUACCAACUGUGCCACAGACAUUUCUUAUAACAUAAAAAAAAAAUUUCCAAUUUAGACUACUAAUGUGCACAUGUCACCAAUAACAAGCAAAUAGUUGAGUCGUGUACCCUAACUUGCACAAUAUUAGUAGCUAAUAUACCAAAAAGAAUAUGUACAUAGAUAGCAUUUUAGUUCUAGAUUUAUAUCAUACUUUGUAAUAUAUAUUUUAUACCAAUAGUUUUAGUUUUCUUGCAUAAAUGUAACAUAAUUUUUGUACCAUUUUUUUCACAUGAAAUAAACUUUUUAAAAAAUUAA